GAAAUGGUAUAAAAAGGCGCAUCAUAUGAUUCAGCGUGAUCACAUGAGUCACAGCUGUAUAUUUCUUUUCGAGUUAAACUGUUGUGAACUCCGCAUUUGGAAUCUCUGUGGAAGAGCCCAAUGACCUGACGUCACGGUCCAAGAUGGCCGCUUGGGUUGAGAAGUGUAGUUAUAGGACUUGGGUGGUAGGAAUUUGUAGGUGUGUCAGAUUGGUGUUUCGGGAAUAAUGCCGAUAAAGUAUUAUUGGAUUAGUUUCGAUGUGUCCGUUCGCACAUGUAAAAAGGUUUCAACUAUUCCGUGUGUAAACUUAAGGUAAUAGUAGUUGUAUGUACCAUAUAAUGAGUGAUUCAUUCCGUUACUAUCAAACGUAGAGGCACCGCUUAUUUUGCCCGGAGUCCGUAUUUAUUCUGUUAGUGCCGGUGCUUCCGUAAAAUAAGCAACCAUGUGGAAUAUGAUGUGUGAUGUGAUGCCUACCAUAUCAGAGGAUAGUAUAAGUCAAAGGAGCUCUCAAUUUUCUGGGGAAGAUGCGAACUUUGAGCAGCUCAUGGUUUCUAUGCUGGAUGAGCGCGACAAGCUCAUGGACAGUUUGCGGGAAACUCAAGAACGUUUGGGUGAAACAGAAGCAAAACUCUCGGAUGUCGAGAAAGAACGAGACUCCCUGCAGCGGCAGAUUUCGGCCAACCUCCCUCAGGAGUUCGCGACGCUCACGAAGGAGCUCAAUCAGGCGAGAGAGCACCUUCUGGAGCGCGAGGAAGAGAUCGCGGAGCUCAAAGCGGAGCGGAACAACACUCGGCUGCUGCUGGAGCACCUGGAGUGCCUGGUGUCGCGGCACGAGCGCUCGCUCAGGAUGACGGUGGUGAAGCGGCAGGCCGCGUCCCAGUCGGGCGUCUCGAGCGAGGUGGAGGUGCUGAAGGCGCUCAAGAGCCUCUUCGAGCACCACAAGGCCCUGGACGAGAAGGUGCGUGAGCGGCUUCGGGUGGCGCUGGAGAGAGUUGCAACUCUGGAAGAGGAACUCGCUAAUACCAAAGAAGAACUGCAGCAGUACAAAAUAGGACGUAUUAUCCCAACUGGAGACGAUGGUAAACCAAAGGAAAAUGGUGAACAAGAGCCAGAAGAUGGUAAAACUAAUGAUGGUCAGACAGUCAGUAAGCGCCUCUCAAAUGGUGCCAUCGAACCUGACUCAGAAAUGGCACGAGUGAUCGAGCUUCAGAACACAAUAGAGAAGCAGACAACAGAAUUGGGCACAUGGCAGCGAAGAGUAUCAGAACUGACUGCACGUGUUUCUGAGUUGGAAGAAACUCUCACCAAAACACAAAAGGAGUUAAUAAAGGCACAAGAAGCCAAUAAUAAGUUGCAGCGAGACUUGAGAGAAAAUGUGGCCCAGAAGGAAGAUCAGGAAGAGCGUAUUGCAACUUUGGAGAAGCGUUAUUUGAAUGCCCAGCGUGAGUCAACAUCUUUGCACGAUUUGAAUGAGAAGUUGGAACAGGAACUGCAGCACAAGGAAGCUCAAUUGAAGUUGCAAGAGGAGAAAAUACGUGCCAUUCAGGAAAAGCUGGAACUCUCUGAACAGAAAUUGGCUCAAUUUGCCAAGCUCCCAGAAAUGGAAGAAGAGUUGAAGCAGCGCAUGGAGGCACUCACGCAGGUGAGGGUGCAGGCACAAGAACGACAUGGAUCAGCUGAAGACCGCAUCCAGAGGUUAGAGGCACAAUUAGAAGAGAAAAAUGCUGAAUUGGUGCGCUUGAACCAGAGGCUCAAGAUGAACGAGGAACACAAUACUCGCCUUUCUAAAUCAAAUGAAAGGUUACAAGUUCACUUAAAAGAAAGAAUGCAUGCGCUUGAAGAGAAGAAUGCCUUAACUCAAGAAUUAGAAAAAACCAGGAAAGUGGCUGAAGAUCUACAAGGUGAAAAGGGUGAUAUUGUGAAGGAGUUGAGUAAAGCAAGACUAGAAAUAGAUAAUGUGAAACGGCAAAUGUUGCAACAAGAAAUCGCUUUCAACAUUCAGCAGACUGAUGCACUUACAAGGAGCCUUUCGCCUAGUGCUGCAGACCCCAGCUUUGUCCGCAGUGCCAGUCAUUCCAGCUUUGAUGCUCAUUCACUUACUAGGCGUGCUCAAAAACCUCGUGUUCCAGGACUGGAUGAUGAAGCUUCUAAGAUUCAUGUUCUGGGAGAGCAAGAAUGGGAGAAGAUGCAACAAGCUCAUGUUCUGGCCAAUGUGCAACAAGCCUUCGAUGUGUCAAGCGAUGCGGAAGCAGAGGACAAUGAAAGUAUUUUCAGUGCUGCUGAAAUACUGAGUCCCUCAGGUCACACAGAUGCACAAACUUUAGCAAUGAUGUUACAAGAACAACUUGAUGCUAUUAACAAUGAGAUUCGAUUGAUUCAAGAAGAAAAGCAAAGUACAGAAGCUCGAGCUGAGGAACUUGAAUCACGUGUUGGUAGCCUUGAACAUAUGAACCUGCUUGUGCGUGGCCGAAGUUUUGAACGAUCUUCUCCUCCCUUGAGUGGCCGCUCAACUCCAAAGUCUCACCAUUCACCUCAGCGAGACUACCUCCACAAGUACCACACGCAACCAUUUAUUGCUUCAUCUGCACUCUUUCUGUUCAUGCUCAAGGAGACAAUUCCAAAUGAGUUAGCACCUCUAUCAUCAGAACUCUCAAAAGAAGAACUUCACCAGAUGACACCAGGUGGUGAGAGUAGUGGUGCUGCUAGUCCUCUUACUGCACGGUCUCUGAGGUUGGAGCGAGUGGCACAAGCUUUGGCCCAAAGUCAAGAAGAACUUCGCAGGCGGACUGCCUCUGGAGCUGCAGUGCCUCCUGCUGCUCUAGCUCUCAGGCCUGGAGGAUACUCCACACCCCCCUCUCCUCUGUCUUCUCGUCACAGCAGUCAAGAUUCGCUGCAUAAGAACAUUCCGAGCAGUACAACGCCAGUGACUGCUGCGUCUGCUGCGGUUGCAGCUGCUCAAAAGAAGAAAGGUAUCAAGUCAUCCCUGGGCCGAUUUUUCAGCAAAAAGGAGAAAGGAAAAACUAAAGAGCCUAUGAUGGGAACCAUGCCUGUGGAUCCAGCUGCAAUGUCGGCCUCAUAUGGAGAUGGUGAUAUGAGUGGAGCAGAUACUUUGAGCCUUAGUGGUGGCCUAGGUCAGAAGGGAGACUUUGAUCGGCGAAAAAAGAAAAAACAUGAGCUUCUAGCUGAAGCCAUGAAAGCAGGUACACCUUUUGCUCUGUGGAAUGGUCCUACAAUUGUGGCUUGGCUGGAACUGUGGGUUGGAAUGCCAGCCUGGUAUGUUGCUGCUUGCCGUGCUAACGUUAAAUCAGGAGCUAUAAUGAGUGCCCUCAGUGAUACAGAGAUUCAAAGAGAAAUUGGAAUAAGUAAUCCUCUUCACCGAUUGAAACUACGUUUGGCCAUCCAAGAAAUGGUAUCUUUAACAAGCCCUUCAGCUCCUAAGACAUCACGAACAACUUUGGCUUUUGGAGAUAUGAAUCAUGAAUGGAUUGGUAAUAGCUGGCUUCCAUCCCUUGGACUGCCACAGUACCGUACAACUUUCAUGGAAUGUUUAGUUGAUGCUCGUAUGUUAGACCAUCUGAAUAAAAAAGACCUUCGUGGACAACUCAAAAUGGUUGAUAGUUUUCAUCGGACUAGUUUGCAGUAUGGAAUUUCAUGCCUCAAACGCCUAAAUUAUGAUCGCAAACAAUUGGAGGAGAGAAGAAAGAAUUCAGAAAAUGAGUUAAUAGAUGUCUUAGUAUGGUCAAAUGAGCGUGUUAUACGCUGGGUUACUUCUAUAGGACUAAAGGAAUAUGCAAAUAAUCUAGUAGAAUCUGGUCUUCAUGGAGCUCUCAUUGCCUUGGAUGAAAGCUUUGAUUUUAAUAGCAUGGCCCUUGCAUUGCAAAUACCUACACAAAAUACCCAGGUGCGUCAAAUGUUGGAACUGGAAUUUAAUAAUCUUUUAACUGUAGCUACAGAACGACGUGUGGAAUCUGAACUGCCAAAGUCUUGAUAUUAUACCACUCGACAUCCACAUACUUAAGUUAUCAACAAAAAAGCGCCUCAGCCUAAAUAUCAGCAGACAGUACUUGUGUAAAAUACAAAUGUAUCGGCUGAUGUUUUAUUAUCCAGGUGUGCUUUGUUAUUUUUAUUUUUUAUUAACUUGAUUUUCGGCCAGUGCUGAAUCUCUUCUCCCCUAGUCUAUGUUGUGUCUGGUGUCAAAGAAGGCUAAGUGAAAUGAACCCUACACUACCUCCAUCCUUUAUGAACAUGAAGAUUGUACAUUUUUGUGAGACAUUAUAGGACUGAACGUGUUCGGCAACCAAGAGCUUUAAGAAUAUUAUUAUUAUUAUCAUUAUCAUUAUUAUUAUUAUUAUUAUUAUUAUUAUUAUUAUUAUUAUAACUGUGCAUAGUUUUAACAUCAGUGCCAUUGCGUGACUCAACCGAAGAAAAUAAAGUCAAAAUGUCCGCAUAGUAAAUUGUGUAAUAUGUAAGUACUUCGCUCCUUAAUAUUAUACUGUUUCCAAUUAACUCUAAAAUUCUUUCCUUCACUGAUCCAUUAUCCAUAAAGCUCCUGUACUUUAUACAACUGGUGCUCUAUUAUUAAAACUCAGAAAAUUCAUAAUGAAUGAAAUUGACAAUUUUAAUUUUGUGACUUAAGAUGUUACAGCUAAGAAAAUUUAAAAGCCUAGAUAUUGUACAAAGUGAGUAUGUUUGUGAAGGGAAAGUAAAGAAUGGCUUGCAAUGUAAUUCUAGUUGUACGAAAAUGGUUACCGAUAUUGUUGAAAUAUUGUAAAAAGGAACUAUGAAUCAAAACUUGUACAAAUAUGAUGCGAAGAAAUGCUAACUUGUCUUACAUCCUUCUAGUGUCUCCAGUAUUAUUUUAUAUUCUAAUAUAUUUCCCCAGAACAUGAAUUUCCAAAAAUGGAAUUGCAGCUACAAACUGCCUUUCUAAAAUAAUUCCUUGGCUGUAAUGUAAUCUUUCAUGCUGCUCGUUGUUAGAAAAAGGCUGUAGUGUUGUUACUGCAAAUGGACCAAUAAUAAUCUUAUGAAAGAAGAAUUGUGUGAAUAGUGUGGACUAGCUUAUAAUGACAAAGCACAUGGGCAGGGUGAUGUUGGGCUUCACCAUUUAUUGUUACCAGUUGCACGUGACUGAUGUGUUGCCAGUGCUGUUAUCAGACAGCUUCUCUGUCCAGGCCUAAUACUUGAUCUGUUGAAAAGGAAUUUAUUUAACACAUUAAGAUUGAUAUAGAAUAAUUAGUUGUAAAGAAAUUGUGAAAUGAAUUUCUUUUUUAUUUACAAGGUUGCAUCCUAUAUCUUUUCCUUCUUGCAACUAUUGAAGGUAUUCUUCGAAGCAUUUGUAGUAAUAUAUUUGUUUUCUGUAAAAUUCAUUGUUCAGUACAAUUAAUAUGGAGUAAACAAAACAUCUUAUUCAAUAAUCUUGUGAAGUAGUUGAAAAUUUGAUGACAUGGAAACUGUUAUAUUGUGCAUUGCAAUGGCAAGUAAUGAAGUUAAUGUUAGCCUGUAGGAGAUCUGUAUCAGUUUCCACUUCUGCUACCUCUAGUACUUCAUGAGAACACCCAGUAUUUUUAUCUGUAAUGUUUGAUUGUUAGUUAUUUUGUACCAAAUUGAAAUAUUCUGUAGCCUUUCCAAAUGUGAAUUAAGAACUCGGCAUUUGCUUGCGAUGAUUUUUAUAUAUUGCAUUGAUGUAAAACCUAAACUGUGUUAGUUGAGAAAGAACAAAACAUUGCAAUUACCUGAUUGUUUGCGCUAUGUGAAUUUGAGUCAUGAAGAAAAUACGUAUAUGUGAACAAGUGUAUGUUUGGAAAGUAAAAGAAUAUAAGGAAGUGUACAUGUGUAUAUAUAAUAUAAAUAUGUGUGUGUGUUUGUAUGUACGUAUAUGUAUGCCCUGUAUUCAGAACACUAACAAGAUUUCAAACUUGUGUAUGUGGAUGAGUAAAAAGUCUUCCUCUGUUAUUUGUAAUUGAUCUUUUUGUAGAAUGCAAAAAGAUCUGCGAAUUAUGAAAUUGUCUUGGCCUAUAAUAAACAAGCUUAAUGGUCCAUCAGAGUAAGGUGACAAAUGUGGAGCUUAUUCUGCGAGAGGAAUAUUGUUUACUGAGCCACAUGCAGCUGCAUCAUACAAAUAGCUGUGAUCAUUACGUAUUCAUUUUUCAUUGCAUAGAGUACUGUGGCAAACCCAGAAGUCUCUCUUAGCCUGCUGAAGUUCAUUCAAUAUAUUAGAAAUUUCUGCAACCAAAGUGAAGUUAAAGUAGAAAAGAUCACAGUCAUUACGUGAGUGCCUAAAAACAUACUGUUCAUGUGGAUUUAGAGCAGAAAAAACACUGAAUCAAAUAUGAACUGAUAUUUUGGUGCAUUCUUGAAAAAUAGAGAUCAGUCUUUUGGCUGUCAAUACAGGAAAAUUCAUUUGAAAGAAAAAUUCACUUUGUGAAUAAAAUCCUUUUCUUUUCUAACAGGUUUUCUAUCACGUCUUUGUGAAUAUUCUUUCUAAAGCAGUAUUUAAGUGCAUUUUCGAAAAAAACAAACAAAUUUAGUAUUUAUUGCUCAUUCUAUGCUCUUUGUAAGAAUAAAUCUUCUCUUUUUGCUACAUAACCAUUCAUCCAGCCCUCAACACCAGUGUGUUCGUGCUAGUAAGUUGGUUCAGCACAAAAUUAAAACAACUGGCUGAUUAUUGUGUACAAGGCAGCAUGGAAGCAGCUUUAUAUAUAAGAAGCUCAGUAUACUUGAUAUUUAUUACUAAGAAAUUGCUACAAUGAUGCAAGCUGUUCAACUGUACAUGUAACAUGUUGACUUGGUGUGUUAAAAGGACUUGUGUACUUGUUAAGAAAUGCUGUACAUCAUGGUGAACACCAAGAUGCUAGAAUAAUUCAUGUUGUUAAGAGCUAUAUAUAUUCCUGUUGAAAUUAAUUUUUAAAAUGUCCAUUAAUUUGUUAUUUUAUUCCCCAUGUAUUAUAUUGUAAAACAGGCAGCUGGGGUUUGUACAAAGCAACACAUCCCUGGAGCCAUGUCAGAACAAUAGACAUGGGCCAAUCAAUUCUUGAUUAUAAAAAUGCUGACUAGUCUUUUCAAUGCACAACUUGUUUGUACAGUAAUGAAAGGGAUCAUAAGUAUUAGAUAUAAUUGAAAAUAAAAUCAUUUUAAACAUUGAUUUGUAUUGUAUAUGAAAUGAUAAUCAAAUUUUGGAGUCAUUUUAUUAUUGUAUUAGUACUAGCAUUAUUUAUUUUACUGAGAAAUAUUGAGGUUAAGCACCACUGUACUGUAUUUACUAAUGGGGUAAAUGUAAUGACUGCUAGUACAUAAAUUUUACUACAGUCAAGUAUCUCUGGGAUCUUGGCUUGGUAGAGAACGUGUGUUAGGUGUCCUCAAAUGUCCAUAGCAUUCCAUUGUGACAGAUGCAAAAGUACAGACUGCCUGGAUCCAAUCUUGUAUCUUAAUUACAACUGUUUGCUCCUAUUGUGAGGAACUCUGUACAGAUUGUAUAGACCUAGCAAUAAACUGUACAUAAU